CCAGGCUGGCUGACGAGCAGGGCGGGCCUUGCUCACGCCAGCCCCUGGGCGGGCUCAGGCUGAGUUUCACUUCCCACCACUGCUGCCAGCAGCAAGAACCAGCCAGAGAGCGUGUACCGAAUCAUUGCUGCCUGUCUGCCACUCAGUGGCUCCGUGGCAGUACCCACCAUGGGCUCACAAGCCCCACCCCCAGGUCCCGUGCAGACUCUCAUCUUCUUGGACCUGGAAGCCACUGGCCUGCCCUUCUCCCAGCCCAAGGUUACGGAGCUGUGCCUGCUGGCUGUCCACAGAUGUGCCUUGGAGAGCCUUCCUACCUGUCAGGGGCCUCCUCCCAUGGUGCCCCCACCACCCCGGGUGCUGGACAAGCUCUCCCUGUGCGUGGUUCCAGGGAAGGCCUGUAGCCCUGCGGCCAGUGAGAUCACGGGCCUGAGCACAGCUGAGCUGGCUGCACACGGGCGUCAACGCUUCGAUGCUGACCUGGCCUACCUGCUCCAAGCCUUCCUGCGACGCCAGCCACAGCCCUGGUGCCUCGUGGCACACAACGGUGACCGCUACGACUUCCCCCUGCUCCGGGCAGAGCUGUCUAUGCUGGGCCUUGCCAGUGCUCUGGACGGCGCCUUCUGUGCGGAUAGCAUUGCUGCCCUGAAGGCCCUGGAGCAAGAUGGCAGCCCCUCAGAGCACGGCCCGAGGAAGAGCUACAGCCUGGGCAGCAUCUACACACGGCUGUACGGGCAGGCCCCGCCAGACUCACACACAGCCGAGGGCGACGUCCUAGCCCUGCUCAGCAUCUGCCAGUGGAGGCCUCGGGCCCUGCUGCGGUGGGUAGACGCCCAUGCCAGGCCCUUCAGCUCUGUCAAGCCGAUGUAUGUGGUCACAGCCUCUACUGAAACCAACUCAAGGCCAUCUUCUGCCACAGCCACUGUACCCCUGGCCAGAGCCAGGAACACCCGCCGCAACCUUGGUGGGGACAGAAGCCCCAAGCCCCUUCCUCCAGUGAAGGGCCCUGGAGCCCCAUCCAGGGAGGGACUGCUGGCCCCACUGGGCCUGCUGGCCUUCCUGACCCUGGUAGUAGCCACACUGUAUGGGCUGUCCCUGCCAGACCCGGGCAGUAGGCCGUGAAGGAGCGUCUGACAAAUAAAGAUCCCCACCCCCAGCA